CAGGAGAAGGUUUGCCAGAAUUUCGCUCAUAGCUAUACUUGACUUUUUGCUGUACAGUGAUUUGCAGUCUUUGAUUUUUCAUAGUGAUCAAUGGUGAUUAACUUAAAAUUUGCAAACGGUUGACAAGCAAUAAAACACAUGUCUUACCUUACGCGUAAAAUAUCUUUCAAAUUUUUUUAGGUUAGGAUAAGGUCGUUCUGGAAAGUACUUAUUGAACGCGCGCGAUCUAACGUAACAUAUUGGAAUUCGCCGAAACAGUAAUUUUUAAUUUCCCCCCCCUUUUUGCGAGAAGGUUGUUCUUGGUAGAUAAGAGACCCGUGUGCUUAUCGCCAUUCCUGACCCCGCGUAUCGUGCAGUUUCGCAUUACUGUGCAAUUGCGGCGAUGGCCACCUGGAACGGUUCAUAUCCGGAAGAUCCAGGUUGCUUAGUGUACGCCGACCAGAAUGCAACAGACACUACCGCAGGAAACUGGUCGUACUUCGUUGAUAACAACACAUACCUACAACGCAAUGUAUCUCAAAUAUCCGCGGGAAGUUACUAUCCUAGAGCUAGGGGUGGUCACCAGGUCUAUGAACAGAACGAACCAACAACGUCUUCUCACCAGGAUGGCAGCCAGUAUCCGUCGAAUAUGGUGUCUUUACAGAACAAUGCCUAUCAGAAACGUGUAUUACCAGACACCUUGUCCGCAGAUAAUGCAGGAGCGUCGAACAGCUUCAUCUCGACGUCGCACAACGCAUCCUCCCGUGGCGGUUACAGAAGACCCAGGGGUAAUCGGGUGGCCGGCAAGCAUCCGCCACUGUCAUCGUCGACGGGCGACGUCGUUCAGUCCACUGUAGUGAAGAACUCCAAUUUACAUCUUAUAGCCAAUGAAUUUGUGCCGAAUAAUCAGGGCAGAUUCCGAAAAGAUAACAAAUUCAAGAAGUACGAUAACCCGAGUGGUUUCAAUACCUUCGGGCAAGAAUUCAGAUCAAAGUCAUCCCUGUCAGAUAAUAAAAGCGAAAGACAUUACGACAACAGAAAAGAUGCAAAUUAUAGACAGAGGAAGUCACAGGAUAUGCAGGCUCCAUCGAGAUCUAGCUACAGAGAUAUUCCUAGGACUUACAACACAAGAAACUAUAAUAAAUUUCAGAAUGGCAAGUAUUACAAUAGAAAGUAUCAGUCAAAUGUACCUUCUACUGAACAGAAUGCUGCUAGAGAAGCUCGAACAACUAUGACUAAUGCCAUUGAUUCAGCUAUGUCUAAUAGUCAGGAAAAUAAGUCUUUUGGUGAGGAUAUUCAAGAGGAUGACUCGUUUUCGAGUACAAAAAUCAAUAGAAGCAAGGAAGAGGUUUUGACACAAGAAGAUAACAAUUCAGAAAACAUGUCUUCAAGAAGUCAAGAAACAUCACGAAGUGGUAGAGUUAAGCGAUUUGCUAGUACAUCCAAUUAUCAUAGAUAUAUUUCAAACGAUAUGCAAUUUGAAUCUGGUACCAGCCGUAAAACAACAGCAACGACAGCAAAGUAUACACAAAGAAGAAACAAUGAGAUAAGUUAUAAGGAGAAGAAACUAACAAAUUGGAGAGAUAAGUCAGAAAGUAAUGAGACAGUGCAUACAUUUCAAGGAAAAUAUUUCAAGAAAAAAAAUGAUAUUGAUGAUGACUCGAGCCAGAGGGAAAGAUUAACUGAGCAGUUGAACAAGGGAAUAUUGGAAUGCCUGGUUUGUUAUGAGCAUAUUAAGCAAAGCGAUUACGUUUGGUCAUGUAGCAAUUGUUAUCACGUAUUGCAUUUAAAAUGUAUCAAAAAAUGGGCCAAGUCCUCUCAGAGCGAGAAUAAUAGUUGGAAGUGUCCGGCUUGUCGAGAUGUUAGUUUCCUCGUGCCUGAGGAUUACUUCUGCUUCUGUGGAAAGAUGAAGAUGCCAGAGUGGAAUCGCAGAGACAUAGCACAUUCAUGUGGCGAGAUUUGUGGCAGACAUCUGUCCAAGAAUAAUUGUACGCACAAAUGUAUUUUGCUCUGUCAUCCUGGCUCUUGUCCGCAAUGUAUAACAAUGACAACCAAGUAUUGCGGAUGCGGGAAAACGUCGAAGAUGCUUCUAUGUAGCGCUCAACAACGGUUAAUAUGUGAUUCAGUAUGCGGCAAGGAUUUGUCGUGUGGCAAACACACCUGUCAGAGAAUAUGUCAUCAGGGAGAAUGCGGGCCUUGCGACAAAACUAUACAACAAAUAUGUUUCUGUAGUAAGAAAACUCAGGAGAUACCCUGUCGAGUCAAUGUCGCAGAUACAUUUUCCUGUGAUAAUACUUGUAAUAAAAUGUUAGACUGCAAGAAACAUUAUUGUCAGAAAGUCUGUCAUCCAGGGUCCUGCAAACCCUGUUCUUUGACGCCUGAAAAUGUUACUGUGUGUUGUUGUGGUCAAACACCAUUAAUAGAGAAGAGAGAGAGUUGUACGGAUCCUGUGCCGACCUGCGAUAAAAUCUGUUCAAAGCGCUUGAAAUGCGGCCAGCCUAGUAAUCCGCACAUCUGCAAGGCAUUAUGUCAUGUAGGGGAAUGUCCGGAAUGUGACUUGAACACUGAUGUCAAGUGUCGUUGCGGUAACAUGGAUCGCGAAAUUGCUUGCAAAGACUUAAUGAGCAAGGCCGAUGAUGCACGCUGCGAGAAACGCUGCAAGAAGAAAAGAACCUGUGGUAAACACAAUUGCAAUCAGUUGUGCUGCAUCGACAUCGAACACAUCUGUCCGUUACCAUGUUCAAAGACUUUGAGCUGUGGUCGGCAUAAGUGCCAGGAAAGAUGUCACAUAGGAAGAUGUUCGCCUUGCUUGGAGAGCAGCUUUGAAGAAUUGUAUUGUGAAUGCGGCGCCGAGGUGAUUUAUCCGCCGGUACCAUGUGGUACGAGAAGACCCACUUGCAAUCGACCAUGUUCGCGCGAACACCUCUGCAACCACGAAGUAUUGCACAACUGCCACAGCGAGCCCACAUGUCCACCUUGCAGCGUCUUGACUCAGAGAUGGUGCCAUGGUAGACAUGAACUCAGGAAGGCAGUGCCGUGCCAUGUGAAAGAGAUCUCGUGUGGUCUGCCGUGUAAUAAACCAUUGACGUGUGGACGGCAUAAAUGUAUCACAAUGUGCCAUGCCGGACCCUGCGAGAGAGCCGGACAACAGUGCACUCAACCUUGCACUACAACGAGAGAACUCUGUGGCCAUAUUUGUGCUGCUCCAUGCCACGAAGGCAGGUGUCCAGAUAUGCCUUGCAAAGAGACGGUCAAGGUUACAUGCCAGUGUGGGCAUAGAACUAUGAGUCGUGCCUGUGCAGAUAAUGCACGAGAAUAUCAGAGGAUAGCAAGCAACAUUUUGGCUAGUAAGAUGGCGGAUAUGCAACUUGGUCACUCUGUUGAUUUGGAAGAAGUGUUUGGACAAGGUGCAAAAAAGCAGAAUCAGUUAAAGACUUUGGAAUGCAACGACGAGUGUAAGACAAUAGAAAGAAACAGAAGACUCGCAUUGGGAUUGCAGAUUGUCAAUCCGGAUUUAAGUGGCAAACUGAUGCCUAGAUAUAGCGAUUACAUGAAACAGUGGGCUAAAAAAGAUCCGUACUUCUGCCAAAUGAUUCAUGACAAAUUGACAGAGUUAGUACAGCUAGCGAAGACAUCCAAACAGAAAUCCCGGAGUUAUUCGUUUGAAAUUAUGAACAGAGAAAAGCGUCAUUUUGUGCACGAGACGUGCCAGCAUUUUGGCUGUGAGAGUCAAGCGUAUGAUGAAGAGCCAAAGAGAAAUGUUGUUGCUACUGCUGUAAAAGACAAGUGUUGGUUACCAAGCUACAGUUUAUUAGAAAUGAUACAAAGAGAGAAAGGACAAAGAAAGGUUCCAGGCCCGGUACUUAAUACUUCGAAGGGAAAUAACUCUACAAAGACUGUUUUUUCGUUACCUGUAAAACAGAAUCAGCAAUUGCUGCCAUCGUCAACUCCUAAAACUGUUGACAAAGAAAUAGAUUAUUUUGACUAUCGAGAUUAAAUUAUCAGUAACAUAUAAAAGACAACACAGGUUAUAUAAUGUAUAUAUCAUAAACAGGGCUUAAA